AUGAAAUCGCUCAUCUUCAUCGCCCUUGUUGGGCUCGCCUACGCCGCCGUCGUCCAGGUGCCCCUUCUCAAGGUCGAGCCCUAUCGAAACCGACUUAUCCGCGAAGGAAGAUGGGUGCAAUACCGCAAAGACAAGGAGGUGCGCAGGUUCAUGAUGAACAAACAGAGUCAGCUGAACUCGAUCGGACAAGGUGUCGAUGAUUAUGAAGACGAGGCUUACGUCGGCAACAUCACCAUCGGAACGCCACAACAGCAAUUCCGGGUUAUUCUUGACACCGGAUCAUCGAACCUUUGGAUUCCGGAUAUCACGUGCGGAACGAAGCCGGAAAACUGCUCAGCGGUUCCGACGUGUCACGGAAUCCUUUGCCAGUUUGAAUGCGACGAUCAAGCGUGCUGCGGAGCUGGUCCCAACUACACCGACUCGUGCUUCUACCAAGCCAAAUUCGACGCCUCCAAAUCAUCAACCUACGUGAAGAACGGAAAGAGCUUCAUCAUUGAAUAUGGAACCGGAUCGGCGCGAGGCUUCCUCGGACAGGACACCGUCACCUUCGGUGGCAUCGGCGAGAAGCAGCUCGUUGUGCCGAACACCGUGUUCGGACAGGCCACCUCGCUGGCAGCAUUCUUUGAAGGACAACCGCUUGACGGCAUCCUCGGUUUGGCUUUCCAAUCGAUCGCUGUCGACAAAGUUGUUCCGCCAUUCAUCAACGCCAUCAAUCAGAAGCUUGUCGACUUGCCAUUGUUCACCGUGUUCCUCGAGCAUGAGGGCGAUCAAAACAACGUGCCCGGAGGAGUUUACACCUACGGCGGCGUCGACACCACCAACUGCGGACCAGUCAUCGCCUAUCAGAAGCUCUCAUCGGCCACUUAUUAUCAGUUCAAGAUGAGCGCGAUUGCGGCCGGUUCAUACUCGGCGAAGAAGGGAUGGCAAGUCAUCUCCGACACCGGAACCUCUCUCAUCGGUGGACCGAAGACAUACGUUGCCGGGCUCGCCGAGGCAGUUGGAGCUACUUGGCGCGAGGAUUACGGAGUCUACAUUAUUCCAUGCUCAGCGAAGAUCCCAACUGUUGACAUCACCAUUGGAACCCAUGUGUACAGCCUUGACUCCAGCAACACCAUCAUUCCAUUGGGUGACGGAAGCAGCAACUGCAUUUUCGCCAUAUUCCCGUUCAGAAGUGGUGGCUUCGGACCGAGCUGGAUUCUUGGUGAUCCGUUCAUUCGUCAAUUCUGCAAUAUUUACGAUGUUGGAAACCAGCAAGUCGGAUUCGCUAAAUCUCUCCAAAAAUAA